UGUAGCCUGGCAGGACUAUACACAUGUCACAUGUGCGCAUGCACCAAUUCCACUGCCCAUCACAAUCACUCACACUCUUGACCCUCAAUUCAACCUGUACAGGGCACACUCCUUUCUACUAUGCGGAUUGCACCUAGUUAUGACGGCCCCGACCCAACCCUCCACCUCCCACGCAUCCUCUGCCUCCACGGCGGAGGCACCAACGCGCGCAUAUUCCGAGCACAGUGCCGAGUAAUCCGUACCCAUCUAAUAAGCUCAUUUCGCCUCGUGUUCGCAGAGGCAGCAUUCCCUAGUCCACCAGGCCCAAAUGUUGAGUCCGUCUACGGUGACUGGGGCCCCUUCCGUUCCUGGCUUCCCGCCCACAAUAAGAUUGAUGUUCGCAGCAUUGAAACAUGCACUGCGGCCGCUCUGCGUACAGACGAUGCACUCGGCGCGACUGGGCGGUGUGUGGGCUUGUUGGGCUUCAGCCAGGGAGCCUCAGUGGCCGCGAGCUUGCUGUUGAGGCAACAGAAAAGGAACCAGAGUCAUAAAACGAACGACGACGGGGAGCAACACCACGAGUAUCGCUUCGCUGUCCUGAUGGCCGGGCAGGCACUUUGGCUCCCAAUGGUCAUUGGUACCGCAGCGGAUGAUCCUGUGCUACUGCAGCUGCCGACGAUACAUGUCCAUGGCCUGCGAGAUCCGAUGAUUGAGAUGCAUAGGAGUUUACUUUACUGUUGCCGUCAUGGCUCUAAUAAUACACGGCUUGUAGAGUGGGAUGGAGACCAUCGAGUUCCCAUUAAGACAAAGGACGUUGCUGCGGUGGUUGCCGAGAUUAAAAAUGUAGCGUUCCAGUGCGGAGCUUUAGGAGCAGCGUCGGAAUCGCUGAUAUCCACCAAAGUGGUAAUGAAAGUAGAUUGA